CCGUUCCGCAGGGCUGCCCGCCCCCACCUUCCCCACCACUUCCCCUGUCCCUUCUUCGCUCCCCUGUCGCCGGCUCACAUGGUACAGGCUGCAUGUGCAUGCGCCUCCUGCCUCAUCGAGCCGGGGCUUGCUGAGGCUGUACAGAUGCUGAGCAGUGAUUACUCUUCUCUAUGAACCGAUUCUUUCCCAGAUUUGACGUUAGAUGCUGAUCAUCCGUCCAAGAGUAAUGGAGAGGAUCACCAUGUAGACAGCAGCCGAGCAGAGGACGGGUAAGAAUGGGAAACCGCGUAUGGAGCGACGCCGGACUGCAGCCGUGGUGAGCGCGGGCAUCCUCCUCAGGACCUCAGCCGGGCUUCCCUGGACAGCCGGCCGGACGCUCCGCUUUCUGUCCUAAUACAGAGGAGCCUCUCCUUCAGUCUCAGACACUGGACUGGAUUUGUUUUUUCUGCCUUUUUGUUUUUUACCCUUUUUACACAUUUUUGCGGGGUUGUCGUCUAUCCGUCUAUCUAUGAGCUCAGAUUCUUUUUAUUCACAAUCCCGUUAUUCCGUCAUUCCCGUUUUUCUUUACUCGGUUUGUGCUGAGAUCUCUUCCCCCUAGCCGCCCCUAGAGGCUCGCUGGCCGUGCAGCAAAGCCUCUCUGUACCUUCCGAGACCUUCAAACCGAGCCGAGCAAUCCAAGCAAUACUCCGCCACCAUGGGGGACAUGAGGAACAGCGAUUUUUACGCCAAGAACCAAAGAAACGAGGACAACCAUGCCGGGGGCUUCGGCUGCACUCUGGAGGAGCUUCGCUCACUCAUGGAGCUCCGCGGAUCAGAGGCUGUGGUCAAAAUUCAGGAGGACUAUGGGGACAUGGAGGGACUGUGUCAGAGGCUGAAAACCUCGCAGACGGAGGGUCUGACGGGAAAUGUGACCGACCUAGAAGAGAGAAGAACGGUCUACGGGCAAAACCUUAUACCUCCAAAGAAGCCAAAAACUUUCUUACAGUUAGUGUGGGAAGCGUUACAAGAUGUGACCCUUAUCAUCCUCGAAAUCGCAGCCAUUAUCUCCCUGGGACUCUCGUUUUAUCAGCCCCCCGGAGAGGGCAGCGAAUCUUGUGGGGCGGCGAACGCUGGUGCGGAGGAUGAGGGGGAGGCGGAGGCCGGAUGGAUUGAAGGUGCGGCUAUCCUGCUGUCGGUGGUCUGCGUGGUCCUCGUCACCGCCUUCAACGACUGGAGCAAGGAGAAGCAGUUCAGAGGUUUACAGAGCCGCAUCGAACAGGAGCAGAAAUUCCAGGUUGUGCGCGGGGCGCAGGUCAUCCAGCUACCAGUGGCGGACAUUGUGGUCGGUGACAUUGCACAAAUAAAAUACGGUGACCUACUUCCAGCUGAUGGAAUCUUGAUACAAGGAAACGAUCUGAAGAUAGAUGAGAGUUCUCUAACGGGAGAGUCCGACCACGUCCGAAAAUCAGCCGACAAAGACCCCAUGCUUCUUUCUGGUACCCAUGUGAUGGAGGGCUCAGGUCGGAUGAUGGUCACGGCCGUCGGUGUGAACUCUCAGACCGGGAUCAUCUUCACCCUGCUGGGAGCCGGCGGAGAGGAGGAGGAGAAAAAAGAAAAGAAAGGUCAGGCAGUGGAGGAUGGCCAACAGCUGGCAGACUGCUCCCAUCCCUCCUCCCACCCCAUCGCAACUAUAGCUACCGAUGGUGCUGCAGGCGCAAAUGCCCCUGGUAAUACCAGCCUAGUCAAUGGUAAAAUGCAGGAUGGAAAUAUGGAGAACAACCAGACCAAAGUUAAGAAGCAGGAUGGAGCCGCUGCGAUGGAGAUGCAGCCGCUGAAGAGUGCGGAAGGUGGAGAAACAGAUGAGAAGGAGAAGAAGAAGUCCAGCGUCUCCAAGAAAGAGAAGUCCGUCCUUCAGGGCAAGCUAACCAAGCUGGCCGUGCAGAUCGGCAAAGCAGGUUUGCUGAUGUCUGCCAUCACGGUCAUCAUCCUGGUGCUCUACUUUGCCAUUGAUAACUUUGUGUACCAGAAGAGGCAGUGGCUGCCGGAAUGUACUCCCGUUUACAUCCAGUAUUUCGUCAAGUUCUUUAUCAUCGGUGUGACUGUGCUGGUGGUGGCGGUUCCUGAGGGCCUCCCAUUGGCUGUCACCAUCUCCUUGGCCUACUCUGUCAAGAAAAUGAUGAAGGACAACAAUCUGGUUCGUCACUUGGACGCCUGUGAGACCAUGGGCAAUGCUACGGCUAUCUGCUCGGACAAGACCGGCACUUUGACCACUAACAGGAUGACUGCAGUGCAGUUUUACACGGGGGAUGUUCACUACAAAGAGAUCCCGGACCCCAGCUCCAUCCCACCCAAAACCCUGGACCUGCUGAUCCAUGCUAUAUCCAUCAAUAGCGCCUACACCUCUAAAAUCCUGCCUCCAGAUAAGGAGGGUGGUCUCCCCAAGCAGGUGGGCAACAAAACAGAAUGUGGCCUAUUAGGACUGGUUAUAGACCUGAAGCGAGACUACCAGCCCAUCCGGAACCAGAUCCCAGAGGAGAAGCUUUACAAGGUCUACACCUUCAACUCUGUCAGGAAGUCCAUGAGCACUGUAACCAAACUUCCAGAUGGCAGCUUCAGGAUGUACAGCAAAGGAGCCUCUGAGAUUGUCCUCAAGAAGUGUUCUCGUAUCCUGAAUGAAGUGGGAGAGCCACGGGUUUUCCGGCCGCGGGACCGAGAUGAGAUGGUGAAGAAGGUGAUUGAACCGAUGGCCUGCGAUGGACUCAGGACCAUUUGUGUGGCGUACCGUGACUUCCCCGGAAACCCCGAGCCUCAGUGGGAGGACGAGAACAACAUUGUGUCUGAUCUGACGGCGAUCUGCGUGGUCGGAAUUGAAGAUCCGGUCAGACCAGAGGUACCUGAAGCGAUCAGGAAGUGUCAGCGAGCCGGAAUCACAGUGCGGAUGGUGACUGGAGACAACAUCAACACAGCGCGGGCCAUCGCCAUCAAGUGUGGUAUCAUCCAUCCUGGAGAGGACUUCCUGUGCAUUGACGGGAAAGAGUUUAACAGGAGGAUCCGGAACGAGAAGGGAGAGGUUGAGCAGGAGCGCAUUGAUAAGGUGUGGCCCAAACUCCGAGUGUUGGCCCGAUCCUCUCCAACAGACAAGCACACACUCGUUAAAGGUAUCAUUGACAGCACCAUGGUGGACCAGAGGCAGGUGGUGGCCGUGACCGGCGACGGGACCAACGAUGGACCUGCGCUGAAGAAAGCAGACGUGGGCUUUGCCAUGGGAAUCGCUGGUACAGAUGUGGCCAAAGAGGCAUCGGACAUCAUCCUGACAGAUGAUAACUUCUCCAGUAUUGUGAAAGCCGUGAUGUGGGGACGCAACGUCUACGACAGCAUCUCCAAGUUUCUGCAGUUCCAGCUGACUGUCAAUGUGGUGGCUGUGAUUGUGGCCUUCACUGGAGCUUGCAUUACACAGGAUUCUCCUUUGAAAGCUGUUCAGAUGCUCUGGGUUAACCUGAUCAUGGAUACGUUUGCCUCGUUGGCUCUGGCUACUGAACCUCCUACUGAAUCUCUGCUCAUGAGAAGACCCUAUGGUCGCAACAAGCCCCUCAUCUCCAGCACCAUGACAAAGAACAUUCUGGGACAUGGCAUUUACCAGCUCAUCAUCAUCUUCACUCUGCUGUUUGUUGGUGAACAGAUCUUCGAUAUAGACAGUGGCAGGAACGCCCCUCUGCACUCUCCUCCCUCCGAACACUACACCAUCAUCUUCAACACCUUUGUUAUGAUGCAGCUCUUCAACGAGAUCAACGCCCGCAAGAUCCACGGCGAGAGGAACGUGUUUGAUGGAAUCUUCAGAAAUCCAAUCUUCUGCUCUAUUGUUUUGGGGACUUUCGCCAUUCAGAUUGUGAUCGUGCAGUUUGGAGGGAAACCAUUCAGUUGCUCUCCUCUGGAUCUGGAGAAGUGGAUGUGGUGCGUGUUCCUUGGACUGGGAGAACUGGUCUGGGGACAGGUGAUAUCGACCGUUCCCAACAGCAAGCUGAGGUUCCUGAGGGGGGCGGGGCAGCUGACGCACAAGGACGACAUGCCGGAGGAGGAGCUUAAUGAGGACCAGGAGGAGAUCGAUCAUGCUGAGCGUGAACUCCGGCGGGGCCAGAUCCUCUGGUUCCGAGGCCUCAGUAGAAUCCAGACCCAGAUCGAGGUUGUGAACACGUUCAAGAGCGGGACUUCCUUUCAGGGGGCACUGAGGCGCCAGUCCUCCACCACCAGCCAGAAUCAGGAUAUCCGAGUGGUGAACGCAUUCCGUAGCUCGCUGUACGAAGGCUUGGAAAAACCCGAAUCCAGAACCUCCAUCCACAACUUCAUGACCCACCCAGAGUUUAGAAUAGAGGACUCCACGCCCCACAUCCCCCUCAUAGACGACACCGACAUCGACGACGAGGCCGCCAGGAAGAACUCCAGUCAGCCGUCGUCCCCCAACAAGAACAACAACGCCAUCGACAGCGGUAUAAACCUGACCACCGACACCAGUAAAUCUGCUGCCUCCUCCAGUCCCGGGAGCCCCCUUCAUAGUCUGGAGACAUCACUCUAGCCCCUCACUCACUCCUCACUCAACUCAAUGCUCGCUCGUUUGUGAGGGAACAUCGAAUACGUCACUGCGUUCACCAUGUACACUACGUCAAAGACUGUACUGUACGUUUAAAAUAUGAAAAAAAAAAAAGUGUAACAAACAAAAAAGAAAACCAACGUGCACAUUCGCAUAACGAGAACAUGUGCUGCUGACUAAAGAACUGAAGAACUGACAUGAAGAAAGACGUGGUCCUAAAAAAACGCCACGUUUUUGUUUUUUUUCCGUCAUUGAUGUUGAUGUGUUUUUUUCUUUUUUUUCUCUGCUGAAAAAAUACUUCAGGAGAACAAGAGAACUUUAGGAUUUAGGAUGUUUGAUUUAGGACGUUUCUGGAGCCACUUGAAAAACAGCAUCCAGUGUAAACGGACCACUACCUUACUUCUUCUUUUUUCCUUUUUUUCCUAAGAAAGCGACAACUACGACGGACUACGAGAAGAAGAUUUUAUUUAAAAUCAUAUUAUUAAACUAUAUUAAAAAUCGCUCCUGCAUGAAUGUACAUUACCUGAGUUUUUAUUUGGAAACUUUUUGGGCUUUUAUUUGACUUUGGAUUUAUUGGAUUUGGAUUGAUUUUGGUGGGAAGUGCCGUGGACUGCUACUUUAAGACUUAAGCUUGAGUUUAAGUUUUUAAGCUUGAGCUUAUCCAAUUCACUGAUCUCUCUGAGUCUCGUGUGUGGCAUGUACCUAACUGUAUAGAUUUAUCGGGUUAACGGAAUAAAGCGUGUCGAGGUCGCAGGGGCUCAAGUUGCACAGUAGAAUUUGCACCUGUUGGAAAAAAGAGGAACCUAUGGGAAAUAGCAUUUAUUGAAAUAUUAUAUAUAUAUAAAUAUAUAUAUAAAUUCCUAAAUAUAUAUAUAUAUAAAUAUAUACAGAGUUUAUCUUUGUUGGCAUGUUGCCUUGUUUCUGCUUCAAUGACUCUUAACUACUUUAACUUAUUUAUGUCCUAAAGAGAAUGUAAUUUGUUUACAAAAACCCAUAGAUAACGUCCUGGUUUCUUUGUAGGGUUCAAAACCAUAUGACAGACGUAGUUGGAGAUGAAGAGUUGCGUUAAUAUUGGACUGUAGGUGUUUUAAUACGAACUGUGUGCUGGACUUGCCUGCUAUUUUGUCAAAUACUGUAGAUAUUUUUAGAGGAUUACAAAAAGACAACCAAAAUAUAGUGGGAUCAUAUAUAUAUAUAUAUAUAUAUAUAUAUAUAUAUAUAUAUAUAUAUAUAUAUAUAUAUAUAUAUAUAUAUAAUUAACGUGGCAUCUUAGUAUUAUUAUUAUUAUUAUACCAUUGAUUGUCGGGGAUGAACUUAAGUGAGCAGAUCCCUUUUUAAUUUUUGUCUUUUUUUUCAGUGCUUAAUAUGAACUUUUUGGUCCGUCUCGAAUGCGAGCCUACACUUCAGGUUGGAUUUUGAACCUCGGAUCCUCGGAUUUCUUUAGGUACACCGCUUACUCACUGGGAACGGGAAUAGGAAUGGGAAUGAAGGCGCUCUACUUUUCCAAUCCUUUCUAAUCCUUUCCCGUGACUGACUACAAAGGCUGCAAUGGAUUAACUUUUUUGUUUUAUUUGUUUUUUAAGGUUUUUUUUGGUUUUUAAGUUGGACGACAUUUAAAUGUAAAGUCAUACAUAAGUUAUAUUCGGCUUCUGUGUUUGGAAAAUCAAAGUUGUGUUGAAAAUCUUGAAAUAUUUGUGAAAUAUUGUGUUGAUUCCUCUUUAUUUUAUAGUUUUUUUGUUUGUUUUUUCAGUUUUGAAACCGUUAGAUCGUUUGAUCUUUUAGAUCUUUCUUUGGAAAACGAACCCAGCUCUGAGCUGUCGAGCUGUCAAAAACUUUCAACAAGCGAAAAACGUAACAAAACAAGAAAAAACUGACAAAAAAACAGACGAAAACAAAUGGAAUGUUGCUUUUCAGUCUUUUUUGUAACACCGAAAAAAAAAAAAAACUAACGAGAUACCUAUAUGAUCAUCUUCUGCACUAUCCAGAUAUGAAUGAACUUUCUGUGGUGUAAAUUUAGAUGUGCUUCUGUGUGUUCAAAUCAAAGCUUGUCUUCCUGCGGUCAGUAAAUAUACUCUAGCAUCUCGAACAGUAUUCACAGUAUAGUUGUUAAAUACUAUUUAUUGUACUAUAGAGAGGACAAACCGGGGGCUCUUUCUGAAGGAACACUCGGGAACCCGCGUAACCAAGAAGAUCCCUGAGAUAAUUUUACUGUUUGUUGUAACAUUUACAACUAUUUGGAGCCUUUUUUGCCUUUUUUAAACUGUUUUGGGGAAGCAUGCUGACUUAAGCUUAAUAUGCAAGUGGUGGAUCUUCUUACUUACUUUAUACUUUUCCAACGUCAACCCUGAUGAGUUUUUUUUUCUGUUUUUCUUUCGUUUUGUUGGGUUUUCUCACAUUUAGUUUUCUUUUCUCUUUUUAUUUCUCGUUAUCAGAUGGUGCACAAGCUUUAACCGAUAGCUCAGGCAUGCGUGAAUAUACAAGGUCAGAAGGUCAGAAGUCAAAUGUCAGAAGCCCAUCACUUUGGUCCACUUUGGACGUCCUGCCCUUUAUUCUUUAUUCUUUGUUCUCUUUUUUGAACCAGUUUUCCAGUUCCCACAUUUAGCUCUCUCUCUCCGGACACUUUUACAGCGAUGCUACGCUAGCAGCGUUUUAUCUCUGAUAUUUUGGUAUGUUGCGGUUGGGGGGUUGAGGCGGUGGUUUGUGUACCGUGAGGACUCUAGACUCAGCUCCAUCUCGGCUGGUGUGGACUGGCGUAAACUGUCGUGGACUGGCGUGGCCCGUUACUACCGCUAAUACUCGAUUUUUUUCUGCAGUGCAACUGGGCCUCGUCCGAUUAGAGCCUUUGUUUCCCGAAACGACCCAGAGGUCACACAGGUCACCCGCCCGGACGGCCAAUGCCACCGGGCUUCUACACGGAUGCAGUCAGAAAGGUGUACCGGUCAGUGGAGGCGCCGACAGUUCUCAAGCGUUCUAAUACUUAUGAAUAAUAAUAUUUCUUGCAAUACAUCAGCUUCUAUGUACUGUACUUAGCAGCAUGCAUUUUGUGGAACAAAGAAGAUACACGCCAUUGGUACUUUUUGGCGCUCUAGCAGUUUAUGGGUAAAUUACUUAAGUGUUUCAUCCAUCUUGUUUUUAUGAAUUUUUUUAAAAUCUAUACAAUAAUUGUAAAUAAAGAAUUCAAUGUCUUUGUUCAUUUAAUACUAUGCAAAAAGUCAUGCUUUCUGAUUGUUUAUCCACCUACCCUAGAGUGUGUUGCUGGAAUGUUUGUGGUCUAACGAAAAACAAACCGACAAAAAAACAAACAAACAAACAAACAAAAAAAAGACAAAAGUCAGUAACUAAUGUGAUGUAAAUGAUUUUCUAGCCUGACGAAACGUGACUCUGAUGAACUGUGACUCUUGCUGCUUGACUGUCUGUAACACGACUCCAGGCGGGAGCGCAAGUGGAAAAAGAAGGAAAAAAAAAGAAAAAAAUGAAAAGAAAAGAAAAAAAAACAGCACUUAAUAAAUUCCCAGAGCAGCAUGAACCAGAAUGGUGUCCAAUGAA